CAACGGCCCUGAAAAAUACACCCCUAAACCCCCCUACUCCCACUCCAUGUCCGCACUCCCCUCGUCCUCUGAGGCGGUCAACCAAGCAUGCACCAGCGACGCACUAACUUUCCCACUCCCACCUACGGUCUACGGUCUACGGUCUACGGUCUACGGUCUACCUCAUGUAGGUAUGAAUGCGCAACCCAGCAAGACCCAGUGUGGACACUGCAAUCGCGAGACAGCAACAGUCCAUCAUUUCCAGCAAUGAGCGAAAAGCGGCCAACUGUGCACGGCACGCAGAAUGUAGGUGUAGGAGUACGCCCGCACACACACAUGCCAUUCUCCCCAUGGCUUCCUAUCCUCCCUACGGAGCCUGCCGUAGAGGCUCAUUACGACGGCGCCUGCGGCGACGGGAGGCACAGUCUUUCCCGCCCGAGAGCAUCCGGAGCCUCCAGUCCUCGCUGCGGUUGGAGCGCAUUUGCGAUUGCCUAUUGCCGACUACCCCAAACGGGGAUUGCGAGAUUCAUCAUCAUCAUCAUCAUCAUCGCCAUCAUCAACAUUAGAUAGCCCAACUCCGACUAUCCCGCUAUGAUGCAGAGUCUAGAUAUUGGACCAGAAAGCGUGCGGCAGGAUUCUGUUCGAGUAUGUCCCCGCUACUCCAAGGUUUUUAUUUGGCCAGGCACAUUAGUUGCAACAGGCACUAUUGCUCGCAGCUGCCCCCAAAGGGACGGGGGGCCGAAAGGCAACAGUAUUCCGUAGCGGCUUUCGCAACACUCAUAGUGGCAGCAAAGGAAGCAACACCACCCAGCA